CCCGUCGCAACUAUGACAUCAAGAGAGCAGCGACGCUAGGCUAAAUCGGGCCUGAGCGUAAACAUCGCGAAGUCCAACAAUCAACAGGCCAUUGGAGCAUGAAAUCUUUGAAUCGAUACCAAUCCAUUCCACCUCUACGGAAGAAAACACCUACCAAAAUAAAUGGGCCAUACAAGCGGUGUAACCAAAUAGUAAAGACCCCCAAAAAAUAGGAAAAAAAUCCACCCACAGAAACAUGGAAACACCCCACCACCGCAAAAUCGAGCUCCAAUCCCCCGCCGACCUCUCCUAUCUCUACACAAACACCAUCGCUCUCUCCCGCCAGAAACUAGACCUCCAUUUCCCCCCCUCCGCCAGACCCAAUGCCAGCACCACUACAAACCCCAGCAAUGCCUCCUCCUCCUCAAACCCCGACGCCGACGACCCCAUGAAAUCCCACGUCCGCGCCCUCGUCGACGAAUUCAUCCACAAAACCUUCCUCACCGCCGCCCCCUCCAUAAGCAUAAACGGGCUAUCGCUAGCGGAGGCGGCCGCAGGCAAUAGCAAUAACAAUAGCAAUAGCAAUACAAAUGGCGCUGCGGACCCUCUUUCCUUCCUCCACGUGCGCGAAGCGGUCGAGUACGAGCCGUACGAUACUGAGCUGGCGGCGCGCGUGGCGGGGUUGUAUGCACAGUUGGAGUCGCUGACGACGACUGUGGCGCAGUUGAGGCGGGAUGCGCCGGGGAAGGCGGCGGGGCAGUAUGCGGAGGCGUUGAGGGGGGUUUUGGAGGAGGAGGAGGAGGAGGAGGAGGAGGAGGAGGAGUUAGAGGAAGAGGUGGGAUUGGAAGGGGAUGGGGAAGGUGGUGGUGGUUUGGGGGAUGUGGAUAUGAAGGAUGUGGAUGGUGGGGAUGCCCAGCCGACACAGCUACAGCGGGAUGCUCAGAGGCAGAGUCGCGGGAACAGGAGAGAGGAUUUCACGCUACAUGUUCCCUUUGGCAGGACGGCGGGGGCGAAGAGGAGGUGGAUGGACGGUGGGGUUGGCGAUGUAUAUGCGGAGGCAUUGAGGACGUUGCUGAGAUUGCAGGGCGAAGUGGCAGGGGUUGGGGGUGUGCAUGAUGGCGGCAAUGAGGAUGGAGAUGACUCUGACGGGCAGCGCGGACUGGCGACGACGGUCGGGAAGGUUGAAAGGGCGCAGCGAGCUGCGGAAGUAGUAGAGAAUUUAUGAGGAAAUGUGGUUGGCGCAUCAUCGGACGUUUUCUUUCCCUUUCAUGUAAUUUUUU